CCUCUCAACUGCAACUGCCAGCAAGUCCCUCACUUCCUCACGAAUUUUUUCCCACCGCUGUAUACACUAAGUCUUCACACCUCAUAUUGCGCAUAAGCUACGCAACCCUUGAAUAUCAUCUGAAUUCGAAUUGAGCAUGUCUCGUAGGUCAUCGGCCAUGCCGUUGAAUACUUCUACAACCAGCGGUGUCCCGCCUGCUGGCGACGGAGGUCAGGAAAAGCAGAAGAUGCUUCUUUCCGCGGAAACAGGACACUUCAGCAUGGUCAGGGCUUUGCAUCUUGCAGAUUUAGUCACCGAGCUUAAUGGAUUUUGCGGAGUUAUGUCCGUCCUUUCGUCUAUGCGUUACUGUCUCGGAGAUCCCCAUGACUACAGUGCUAUCUGGUCUGCGCUAGGAUUUAUGCCUUUCGGACUGUUCUUUGACUUCAUGGAUGGAAAAAUUGCAAGGUGGAGGAAGAAGUCGUCGCUCAUGGGACAAGAGCUUGAUUCGCUGGCAGAUCUGAUUUCGUUUGGUAUGGCGCCGGCCGCAGCAGCCUUUGCUCUCGGAGUCCGUACAAAUGUCGACCACCUUCUCCUCACGUUCUUCGUCCUCUGUGGCCUGACAAGGUUAGCCCGGUUCAAUGUGACAGUCGCCGUACUUCCCAAGGACAAGUCUGGGAAGUCAAAGUAUUUCGAGGGCACACCAAUCCCAACAACGUUAUCCAUUACCUCACUCAUGGCUUACUGGGUUUCUCAGGGGUGGGUUCAGGAAGACCUACCACUGGGCCUUGUUGCGCAGGGCACGUCCUUUGAAUUCCAUCCAGUGGCCUUGUUGUUUGUUUUGCAUGGCUGUCUUAUGGUCAGCAAGUCUAUACAUAUUCCCAAGCCUUGAGCACCGAAUCUUUGCACAAACAAGUGAAAACAGAUUCCUAGAUUGGAAUUUUUGCUUGAUAGAGAAGUGUUCAUGCAUGAGGAUUUAACAUAUAUAAGUAACAAAACUAGAACGAAAGCGGACACGAAGCAUUUUCUUCUUGAUGAAGUAAAAAUUGAUUGUGAAAAGCUGCAGAUAGUUCAUACACGUUAGGACAUUGUUUUACCAGGCUGAUUUACGUAAACA